AUGUGUGCCCUUGCACUCCGCUUCAGCCACUCCCCCCGCCCUCCCAUCGUCCCCCCGCCCUCCCAUACUUCCCCCGCCCUCCCGUCCUCCCCCGCCCUCCCAUCCUCCCCCCGCCCUCCCAUCGUGCCACCGCCCUCCCAUCCUCCCCCCGCCCUCCCAUCUGCUAGUAGUGCAAGGGGGAGCCUCUCACGCUCCACCUAUCGCGUGACUCCUCUUCUCAUGAGCAAGCACACAUAUCCUCGCACACCCAUCCUCGCAAUACCUCCCAUCUCCUCCAUGCCUCCCACCAUUGCCAUACCUCCCAUCUCCCCUACUCCUCCCACCAUAGCCACACCGGCUCAUUCGCUUCUGCUAUGGUGUCUGCCUCUCCUUCCCCCGCCUCACACCCGCACCCGUCCUCCCUCUCCGAAGUUGCUUGGUUCACCCACACCCGUCCCCUCUCUCCCCCUCCGCGGUUUUCCUAGUUCCCAAGCUCAUGCCCUGCUACCCGCCCCCACCCGCCUGGCCCCUUCUAAAGCUUCUGGAGCAAAAUCCUGCCCCUUCCCUCUCUCCCGCCCUUCCCAGCCCUCCGCCUGCCCCUUUUGCCCUCCUCCCCCAUCUUGCUCUGCUCGCUGCUCCCCCUUCUCCUGCCCCUCACCUUGUUUCCGCCAAACCCAAGCCACGUGCCCAGCAUCCCCCCUUCCCCUUCCCCACUCCGCGCCUCCCGCGCUCUGCCUCCCCUUCUUCCUUCCCGCGUUCGCCCAUCACUGCUGCGCCUCUGCGCUCCCCCUCACAAUGGCGGCCAAACUGAUUUCCUGCCCCCCUCCGCGGCCCCUCCACGCCCCACCAACCGCCCCUCCUCAAACUCUGCGCAAACCAUACGCGCCAGCAUCCCCCCUUUCCCCUCCCCCAUUCAUUGGGCCUCCCCUCCCCACUCCACUGCUGCCCCCAUUUGCGCUCCCCCUUCUACUGGAGCUCAAAACAGUUACGCGGACUCAUGCGAAGGCGGAGCCGGCGGUGGCGGUGGCUUCCACCGCUACUUCGCUGUGCUGCGACAACCACCACUCUGGCCUGUGCUGA